AUGCGGUUGCCCCGCUUCUCCAGCACUUUUGUGCUUUCCCUCUUGAUAACACAGACCUGCAUCCUGGUCUUCCUGGUCUCCCGGCAAAUGCCCUCAUCCCCAGCUGGCAAUAAGGGACAUGUGCAUGUGCUCGUGCUGUCCUCGUGGCGCUCGGGCUCGUCUUUCGUGGGCCAGCUCUUCAGCCAACACCCAGAUGUCUUCUACCUGAUGGAGCCGGCCUGGCACGUGUGGAAUGCCCUGUCGCAGGGCAGUGCCCCUGUGCUUCACAUGGCCGUGCGCGACCUGGUCCGUUCAGUAUUCCUAUGCGACAUGGACGUAUUUGAUGCCUACCUGCCCUGGCGUCGCAACGUCUCAGAUCUCUUUCAGUGGGCGGUGAGUCGCGCGUUGUGCUCGCCUCCAGUCUGCAACGCCUUCGGUCCCGGCAACAUCAGCAGCGAGGAGGUGUGCAAGUCUCUGUGCCCAGCGCGGCCCUUCGGCCUGGUCCAGGAAGCCUGUAGCUCUUAUAGCCACAUAGUGCUCAAGGAGGUGCGCUUCUUUAACCUGCAAGUUCUCUACCCGCUGCUCAAUGACCCCGCGCUCAACCUGCGCAUCGUGCACCUGGUGCGCGACCCGCGGGCGGUGCUGCGUUCCCGAGAGCAGACAGCUAAGGCGCUGGCGCGGGACAAUGGCAUCGUCUUGGGUACCAACGGUACGCAGGUGGAGGCGGACCCCCGGCUGCGCGUGGUCAGUGAGGUGUGUCGCAGUCACGUGCGCAUCGCAGAGGCCGCAUUGUACAAGCCGCCGCCCUUCCUGCAAGAUCGCUACCGCCUAGUGCGCUUCGAGGAUCUGGCCCGGGACCCGCUCACCCAGAUCCGUGAGCUCUAUGCCUUCACCGGCCUGACCCUCACGCCGCAGCUCCAGACUUGGAUCCACAACAUCACGCACGGCUCAGGGGCAGGAACACGCCGUGAGGCCUUCAAGACCUCAUCCAGGGAUGCGCUCAGUGUGUCCCAAGCCUGGCGUCACACGCUGCCCUUCGCAAAGAUUCAGCGGGUUCAGGAACUGUGCGCUGGUGCACUGCAGCUGCUGGGUUACCGACCUGUGCACUCCGAGCUUGAGCAGCGGGACCUCUCUCUGGACCUCCUGCUGCCGAGAGGCAUGGACAGUUUCAAGUGGGCUUCUUCCACCGAUGCGCAGCCAGAAUCUUAAGAGUUUUAGUGGAGAGUCCCGGUUUUGACGUUAGGGCCUAGCGGAGUAUGAUAAAGAAAGGGCUUGGAGAACCCAGUAGAAUGUCCACUACCGGCGGCUGAGAGUGGGGGUGGUCUUGCCCUGUAUUAAGAAAGGACUGAGUACAAAUUCCACAUUUUUUUCCUCCCUAGAUUAUGAUUUUCCUUUGAGCCCUCUAGGAUCUGGGUUGCCAUCAUGCAUUCUUAUGAAAAGUGAAACCCCUGCCCACUUCCUCUGGUCACAGAGCAGCCAGACCCAGACUUCCUUUCCUUUUUACCUUCUCUUCUCUUUGGUGAUACCAUGCGAUAGCAGAGAACGGUGUCCCAGACCCGGUCAGGAGUGGAAGGUUA